ACAAACUCAUAUUUCUAUUUAUAGUUCCGGGAAAAACCAAGGGCUUUUACAGCAGCACAAAUUAUACGUCGAUUGAAGUUGAGGCCAUAGUCUCAAGUUCUGGACCACUCGUCAACCUCAACCAAGAAAGCAAAUCAAGUUGCAACCUGCAGGCGUAAUUAACGCGUCAUGGCUUCCAAACAAGGUGAGGUCUUGAACGACAUCUUCCUGCUGGGGUUUACCAAGACAAUUCAACCCAGUGACGGGCUUCUGCUGGGCACUGAGCUGGGAUUCCAAGAUUCCGACUUGAAACGUUUUGAGAAGGAUUAUCAGGGUGACUCCCACCGACAGAUUUACCAGAUGCUGAUUGCGUGGCGUAAACGAACGGCGGGGGACGGCCUGUCUAAAGUCAGGCAGCUGGGCGAGGCUCUGGCCAAUGACCGUGUCGGACUUGCUGAACUGAGGGAUAAAUUAUUCCUUGAAUACGGUAUAAGCGACUCCAAGCCUGACAAAAAAGACGCCGAAGGAAGCUCCCCGGAUACCUCUGGUGAGCCUGCGUUGGACGAACUCUACAUGGAUGCGUUGUCCAGGAAAAUUAAACCGAAGAACCGAUACCCACUGGGCCUGCAACUGCGAUUCAAGGGUGCUGAACUGGACACCUACAGUGAUGAUUACAGAGCAAACGUUCAGCUUCAGAUCUACCACAUGCUAGUGGACUGGCUCAAUAACGAAAAAGGGGACGUAAGAUCCAAAGUUAAAAAGCUAGCGGAUUGUCUUGGGAAUAAAAGCGUCGGUCGUAGUGACCUAAGCCAAGAAUUGCUGAAAGACUUUAAUAUCAAUGAUUAAUUUAUCUGUCUGAUUUUGAUAAAAGAACAAUUGUCAAGUCACAAAAGAGAUGUGACCAUUGUUGUUGCAAAAAUCAGUUCAUGUACAUGUAACUGUUAAACGUCCUUAAAACGUUCUUAAUUAAUGUUACCCAGCAGAUACGCAAACUGGUUCCCGGUGUACAGAGCCGGCUAUUGUGAGUGUAAAGCUGCCCGUUCGAGGCUCUCUUAGCCUAUGAUGGCAGCGUGCAAAGAGCGGAUUUGGAAGCAUUGUGAACUACUUAGCCAAGAACCUCCACUCAAACCUUGACAAUAUGCUCCUGAUAAUGGCUUCAUUUCAGUCUAGGGGCCCCGUUUACAGAGCACACGCCCACGAUAACAGAAAGCGGUGAUAUCGUACAACAUUUUACGUUUACACAGGAGCGGAAAAGUUUAUAAAGGAAUCUUCCACAAAUUCUUAGUUGGGUGUAAUGGAUGGAGACCGUUCAAUUUUAAACGUAGGGGAGCAAUGAUCGUUUGAAGUUUCCAUUUUGCUACCUUCCGGGGAACCGCGAAUGCUAUCAAAUUAAAAACAAAUUCCGUUGGUUGGCUAGUAAAUUAAGUUUUUUGAAAACAGAUGUCCCACCUUCAAAAUCCACAACAAUCUACCAAUAGAAAAUGUUAAAAGAUUGGGAUGUCCACGUUGGGUUGCAAAAUAAUGCAGAGGCGGAAACAAUUGGUUAAGCCGCAUAAUACCCUCGGUCGUUAUCCUCUCAGUUGCUCUUGUCUUUUUUCAAAGCAGCGACCAUGCAGCUUGUCCACUCGGUUUGAUAGAAACCACGUAGAAUUCCGUUACCGGGCACUAGUGUUAACAGGCCUUUAGUGGGCCGAAAAAGUUGUUUUGCGAUUCGAUUCGUGGAAUCUGUGAUAUAGGUGUGGGAAAGUCCACGUUUUUGAAAUUUAAACCGUCUGCUGUCGUGAACGUUGAGGUGCAUUCGUUGUUUAUUUUUUUAAUUAGGGUUUGUGGCUAGCUAAUGCUUGACGGUGUCUGAAUAUAAGCCUAAUGCAGCUCUUAACGCUCAGCGAAUGCAUUGUUGGUCUUGCUUGUUUUGGACGUUGAUGAUAGCUUUUUUGUCUGUCAGUUCUUUGGGAAGUGGAAUGGAUGUCACUCCUACUGGAUUAUAACGCGCCACGUUGAUGUAAAACACGACGACUUUGUCAAAUACUCAUCCAGAGCCUCGUUAUUCGUGUGCUUCGACGUCUUCAAAAUGUUUUGCUAUUUGGUCCUUCCACCCGUUUUUGACCUCACGUUCAGAAAUCACCGUGUUGUUUUUACUUGUAAACGUGAAAACGCUGACCUUGCUUUCAACUCCGGGUUUUUGUUAUUUGCACUGGACUUUAAUAACAGUUUGUAAUUUGUAAGAGGCUAUCUCUUGAAACUCGGCCAACGCUUUAUUUUCGAUGUACUUGUUGUAAAAAUCGAAAAAGUGUACCAGGUCGUCGGCAAAGAAACCAGGCUUCACUUCCCAGUUUCUGUAGUUACCUUGAAAGCGUCUGAUGUUUCGGAUUUCUACCUCUUCAAUCGCUUUCGGUUGAGUGUCGGCUUAAAUGGUGGUAAUGAGGUCUUUUGGCAGUACGUUACCCUUUGCACCCGUAGCUGUAAAGGGUAUGUCAUUGUCCCGCACCACCUGUAAAAGCUGACGAUAUGAUUGUCGUGCGAGAUUUUUAAACGACUGUUGACUCGCGCGCUUUACUCGCUCGUAUUAAUUCACGCUUCGUGUGUUGUUUGCAUUUAGCUGGUGGAGGUAAUGGAAUGUUAUGUUGUUUGACAAAGUUGGAUAAAAAAUAUUUUUUAAUUCUAUUAAAGCCCAAUAACACAGGGCGACGUUGUGAUUUUGUUUGAGCUUCUCUAUUCAUGUUCUCAUUUAUUUAUAGGGACUCAAAAUUUAUUUCACUUUUCUUGAAGCCCGGAGUCAGGGAGAGUGAGACCGGCUUUUUUCAUUUUCAAAAAGAAACUAGGAAAGCUGAGGUUUUGCUUGAGAAGGAGAUAAAUAUUUUGUCUGAUAACGUUUCUGAGGGUGAUCUUGAUUCAGUUGAUCUUUUAAAUGUUAAGCAAGCAGACUUUGUUGACUUUCGCAAAACUUAAAGGGAAGAUGUUUUAAAAAGAUCCAAAUCCCGAUGGAUGUAGUAUGGUGAAAAAUCUUCAAAGUAUUUUUAAAAUUUAGAAAAGCAGAAUUUGUGAAUAAAUCUAUUAACUGCAUUAUUAAUGAUGCCAACUGUAGAAUUACUAGUUCCAAAGACAUCCUGCAAGAGGCUAAGAGCUUUUAUCAAAAACUUUACUCUACUCAGAUUAUUGACAGUAACGUUGAUCUCAAGUCACUUUUCGCAGCGACUGGUAAAAGUAUUCUUUCCGAUUGUGUACGAGAUAGCAUUGAAGGCCCUUUAUCUCAUGACGAACUUAUUCAUGUAUUAAAAAAGCAAAGAAUGGCAAGUCUCUGGGUAAUUUUAUAAUUAUUUCGCUUCAGACUUGUCGUGGUACUUACUACGCUCAUUAAACAGGGGUAAUGUCUCUGGUCAACUCUCUGUUACUCAGAGAUACGGUAUAAUCACUCUUUUGCCGAAAGGGGACAAGCCCUCGACAAUAUUUGAAAAAUUGGCGGCCCAUUUCUCAUCUAAACACCUCGUACAAAAUUGCCUCUUCCUGCAUUGCAGAGAGACUUAAAUGUUGUCUUAAGUGUAUUGUUCAUGAAAGAUAGAAGGGUUUUAUGGCACAUCGUUUUAUUGGGGAAAAUAUUCAAUUAAUGUACGACUUGUUGAAUGUCACUGAAUCUAAUAAUAUUCCUGGUCUAUUUCUGUCUAUUGAUUUUUUAAAAGCAUUCGAUUCCACAUCACAUAAUUUCAUUUUUUAAGUUCUAGACGUAUUCAAUUUUGGCCCUUCUGUUGAAAAGUGGAUUAAGGUACUUUAUAACCAAACCUCCUCUUUAGUUCUAGUGAACGGGUUCCUUUCUCAGUCGUUUAAAAUUGGGAGAGGUUGUAGACAGGGGGAGGGCUUAAGUCCGUAUCUGUUCCUUUUGUGUGCAGAGAUUUUUAUCAAUGAUGGUAUGCACUGACAGAGAUCUUCAAGGCAUUUAUGUUGAGGGAAUUAUCCCAUCAUGCUGACGACACGGUUUUGUUCUUGAAUGGCUCAGCGAAGUCAAUGCAGGCUACUUUCAGAAUUCUUGACCAAUUUGCUGGUAUGUCUGGUUUAAAGGUUACCAUUGAGAAGACAAAUGCCAUUUGGAUUGGGUCAAUGAAAGAAAUUGAGGAAAAGCGUUGUGAAGAGACCAGCGUCAACUGGGUCGCGGCUAAGCAACCUUUUAGAAUUCUUGGUAUUGACUUCUCCACUGGUCUUAACUCUAUGAUUCGCUGAAUUACAAUAGGAUUAUCCCGUCCUUACGUGGCCCAAUGUUUAAUUGGUCAAAGAGAUAUUUAACAGUUUUGGGCAAAAUUGCUGUAGUUAAAUCAUUGCUUAUGUCAAACUUAUCUACCUUGUGUUAACCAUUCCUGAUCCUCCCUUUGAUAUGAUUAAGGAAAUAAAUAGUCUGUUUUUUCUUUUUUUUUUUGUCUUUUUUAUUUGGAAAGUACACGACCAAGUGGCCAGAAACCAAAUUAUCCAAGAUUAUGGUCGGGGUGAGUUGCGAAUGGUUGAGGUUCGGACUUAUUUAGAAGCUCUGAAAGUUACCUGGUUACGUAGACUCCUUAAAGCUCAGCCCUCAGGUUGGUCUACUUUGUGCAACUGGAUUUUUGAUAUCUCCCGAUUGUCCUUAUUGGAAGGUGGUUCAAUUAAAUCGAUUGGUGCCUGGAGAGUUCGUAAUGCCUCCUUGUUCGAUGUGUUUUACAGCAUGGUCUAACUUUACUCGGGCCCAUUUGCCUACAAGAAAGCGGAGGUAUUGAGGAGUUCUCUUUGGUUCAAUGAUAAAAUUAAGAUUAAUGGCAGAUGUAUUUUUUUAUAAACAUUGGUCGAGUAAAGGUGUUAAGUUUAUUGGUGAUUUAAUAAAUGAGAAUUGCGCUUUUCCUUCUCUAGAUGAGUUCUAGAAUGUAUUUGAUGUCAACACCAACUUUUUACAGUAUGGUGGAGUGUUGAGAACAAUUAAGUUGUCCUUUAGAGAAAUCAUGUCGGAAAUUUCAGUUAGUUACUUCCAAUUUUUGCCGUUCAACUUUGAAGUGCUUUUAAAGGACCAAUAAGGAUCAAAGGGGAUCUAUAAUGUUUUAGUGUCUUCUAAACAUAUGCAAAGAAAAUUCAUAGAUAAGUGGAAUGUUAAACUGAAUAUAGAUUUUGAUAUUUCAAAAUGGUCUUUAAUUUUCAAUAUUCCAUAUUCUUGUACAGUUGACACGAAACUACGUUGGUUCCUAUUUAGAUAAAUACACCCGAUCCUGGGAGCUAAUUUAUUUUUGUAUAAGAUUGGUAAGGCAGACACCGAUCUUUGUACAUUCUGUAACGUGGAAGAGGAGACACUUAUCCAUCUUUUUUGCUCGUGUCCCUACACUAUCUCUUUCUGGUCCUCGGUAUUUCUUUGGAUUAAAGAGAAGACCAAUCCGUCUAGA